GUUGAAGAGCCCCGUUUCCGGUUAUUGUUUCCCUCUCUUUCUCUCACCAUUCAUAUGCCAUUGGUGUGAAGGUAUAUUCCUGGUAUUGAUGCCCUCUCUAACAGAUAUCCAUCACCACGUAUAACUCCUUAGCUCAAGUCUAAAGCGAUACUUAAUCAUUUCGGGAGUCGUCGAUUUGUCUCUCAGAAGGGCUACUGGGAAAAUUACAAGAUCUGUGCUAGUUCUCAUUGGAGAUUUCUUUGAGGCGCAUGAUCCGUGCUGGGAUAUGUCAAUGGCUGCUGCAACUUGUUUGUGUACACGAUAAGGAUGGUGAUGAUGAGGAUAUUAAUGAUAGAUUAGCAGUGGAUCACUUCUGCCUUUAGCUAUAUCUCUUGUUGGUUUGUUUACCAUAUCACUCAACUGUUUCAACCUGGACAAGUUAAAAGCAGAUGGUGGUUCAAAGAGUCUGAACAAUUUGUUAUUAGCUGUUGAGGAAGAAUCUCUUAGAAGGAAAUGAUUUUGGGAGUCUCACUUUUCAUGUCAUCAGCAGCUAGAGGCAUAUAUUGUUAGGGUGUUGGAAUCAUCUUGUUGGCCUAAAAAAUAUUGUAAAAGAUAGCUAACAUAUUUGGGGUGCACCUGCUACAAAGAUGGAAGUAAUUGUUUCAUCACAAGCACAAAAGCAGAAUUUGCAGACACCUAGACGCAAAAAUUUAUUUGCUGGGUCCCAAAGGGAUUUGUGGCUUAUUGCACGAGAAGGAUCCCUAAAUGAUUUAGAGUCAUCAUUGGCCUUAAUGAAGAAGAGUGGGGGUAAUAUCAAUUCGAGGAACACCUUUGGUUUGACCCCUCUUCAUAUUGCAACUUGGAGAAACCACAUCCCCAUUGUCAGGAGGCUUCUUGCUGCUGGGGCUGAUCCUGAUGUUCGCGAUGGAGAAUCAGGAUGGAGUUGUCUUCACAGGGCCUUGCAUUUUGGUCACCUUGCUGUGGCAAGCAUCCUUCUUCAACAUGAUGCCUCUAUUACAUCGGAGGACUCCAAAUCUCGAAUACCAUUAGAUCUCUUAUCAGGCCCUGUCUUGCAGAUUAUUGGAGAUGAAAGCAAGUCAGUGGCUACUGAGGUCUUUAGUUGGGGAAGCGGCACAAACUAUCAGCUUGGAACUGGAAACGCACACAUACAAAAGUUACCAUGCAAAGUUGAUUCACUUAGUGGUUCUUUCAUAAAGUUGAUUUCUGCUGCAAAGUUCCAUAGUGUUGCAGUCACUGCUUGUGGAGAAGUGUAUACUUGGGGAUUUGGCAGGGGGGGACGUCUAGGACACCCUGAUUUUGACAUCCACAGUGGUCAAGCUGCUGUCAUCACUCCUAGACAGGUGACUUGUGGUCUGGGUUCUCGCCGAGUGAAGGCAAUUGCUGCAGCUAAGCAUCAUACUGUUAUUGCUACUGAAGGUGGGGAAGUGUUCACCUGGGGAUCCAAUAGAGAGGGACAGCUUGGUUACACUUCUGUAGAUAGCCAACCAACACCUCGAAGAGUGACUUCUCUGAGGUCAAAAGUUGUUUCUGUUGCUGCAGCAAACAAGCACACAGCUGUAGUUUCUGAUCUAGGGGAGGUUUUCACCUGGGGUUGCAAUAGAGAGGGUCAGCUUGGUUAUGGCACCUCGAACUCAGCAUCCAACUACACUCCACAUGUGGUUGAAUACUUGAAGGGAAAGAAAUUAAUUGGUGUUUCUGCUGCUAAAUAUCAUACAGUUGUUUUAGGAUCAGACGGAGAGGUAUACACUUGGGGUCAUCGGCUUGUCACUCCUAGACGUGUAGUGAUUUUUAGGAAUUUAAAGAAAAGCGGAAGCACUCCUUUGAAGUUUCAUUGCAUGGAGCGACUACAUGUGAUUUCUAUAGCUGCAGGAAUGAUUCACAGUAUGGCUCUGACAGAUGAUGGUGCAUUGUUUUAUUGGGUUUCCUCUGAUCCUGAUCUUCGAUGUCAACAGAUGUAUGCCAUGUGUGGUAAAAAUAUAGUGAGCCUAUCUGCUGGAAAGUACUGGACUGCAGCAGUUACAGCUACAGGUGAUGUUUACAUGUGGGAUGGGAAGAAAGGCAAGGAUAAGCCACCAGUUUCAACUCGGCUGCAUGGUGUGAAGAGGGCUACAUCAGUUUCAGUUGGCGAAACACAUUUGCUCAUUGUCGCUUCCCUCUAUCAUCCUAGCUAUCUUCCCAGCACAAUUGAGAAUUCUCAUAAGCUGAAGUUGGAUAACAGGGAUGAUGUGGGAGAGUUAAGUGAAGAGAUCUUAUUUGAGGAUAUGGAAACCAAUAAUAUGAUAUCUAGUACACAAAAUGAUAAUUCUGGGCAACAGUCUGUGCCAAGCUUAAAAAGCCUUUGCGAGAAAGUAGCAGCUGAGUAUCUUGUGGAGCCACGAAAUGCCAUACAGCUACUUGAGAUUGCUGAUUCUUUUGGAGCAAAUGAUUUGAAGAAGUAUUGUGAGGAGAUUGUCAUUCGCAACCUUGAUUAUAUUUUUACAGUUUCACCACAUUCAAUUGCCCGUGCUUCACUAGAUAUCCUGGCUAACCUUGAGAGAUUGUUAGAUCAGAGAUCAUCUGAAUCAUGGAAUCACCGUCGUCUCCCUACUCCAACUGCUACUUUCCCUGUCAUCAUUAACAGUGAGGAGGAUGAAAGUGAGAUGGAAUCUCCAAGAAUUCACGAUGAACCCAAGAAACUGUGUUCAUUGACAUUGGAGAAAGAUCAGAACUCUUUUCUGCAGCCCAAAGAUGAUCCCAAUCAAGGAAUCUCCAAAGCAGUUCGAGCUCUAAGGAAAAAGUUGCAGCAGAUUGAAAUGCUUGAAGCUAAGCAGUCCAAUGGAUUUGUUCUUGAUGACCAGCAGAUUGCAAAGCUUGAAUCUAAGCGAACUCUUCUGACCUCGCUUAUGAAUCUAGGUGUUCCUGUUGAGACUUUACAUAAAGAAUCCUCUUCCGUACUGUCAGAAGGGAAAGGUGCUAAAAAGAGUAAAGCAUCAAAAAAACAGAGAAGGAAGAGCAUCAAAUCAAGUGUAUUGCAAACAGAAGCUGAAUCUGUUUGUUCUGGGACUGGAGAAAUUCCUGGAACGGUAAAGGACUUGUUGGACCUUGAUAUCUUGGAGGUUUCUAACACAAAGGUUGCUGACAUUGGCGAACAAACUACAGCUGCCCAAGGUGGAAAGGAGUCAGCUUUCAUUCUUCAGAAGAACGAUUCUUUAGAGAUGCCAAAAAACAAGGGACAAUCACCAAAGGUCUCUAAGAAGAAGAGCAAGAAAGGUGGUCUUUCUAUGUUUUUGAGUGGUGCUCUUGAUGAUGCUCCUAAAGAGGUGGCUCCCCCACCACCAACGCCCAAAAAUGAGGGUCCUGCAUGGGGUGGGGCCAAGUUUCUGAUGGGCUCUGCUACACUUCGUGAAAUCCAGGAUGAGCAGAGCAAAGUUAAGGGGAGUCAACCAGCUAGGAGCAAAGAUAAAGCGGAAAACGUUUCUAAUUGUGGAAGUGGAGGGAAGAUGCGACUGAGUUCAUUUCUUCCUUCCAGUCCAAUACCUGUUGCAUCAACUCGCAGUUCCCCAGUUUCUGAUGGAGAAAAAAGUACCCCAACUUGGGCUGCCUCAGGAACCCCUCCUUAUCUCUCUCGUCCAUCUCUUAGGGAUAUACAGAUGCAGCAGGGAAAGAAGCAACAAAAUAUUUCCCAUAGUCCGAAGACUAGAACAGCUGGAUUCAAUAUAGCUACCGGUCAAGGGUCACCAUCUGAUGCUUCUGGUGCUAACCGCUGGUUCAAGCCGGAAGUGGAGACGCCAUCCUCAAUUCGAUCAAUUCAGAUUGAGGAGGAGGCUAUGAAGGAUCUCAAGCGCUUCUACACCAGCGUUAAGAUUGUCAAAAAUCAGUGUUGAGGCCAUCUAUUUAUUUGCUCAGGUGGCAACAGAUACUAGUCCAUUAUUUUUGUUAAAUUUUUCCUUCCCUUUUGGUUUUACCCCAAGGACUGUAAAUUGGUCUGUACAGAUAGUUGCACUGUCCGUUCAUUUCUUUCCAAAUCAGAAGUGUAGUUUCUAGCCUCUUAGCACCCUGGUCUUUCCAUUUCUGGCCAUUCUUUUUACACCCCAUCAGCACUGUAUGACUAGGAUGCUUACCUGUACUCAAUUGUAAGUGUUCCAGAAGAUGAAGACUGGUGAAUAAUGAUCCUGCACUAACAUUAGUAGCAGCAUCAAAUAGUGUAGAUUUUCAGAAUAAGAGGGCAUUCUCACUCCUAUUGAAGUAAAGACCCACCAUAGGCGUGUAGCGCCUACCUCCAAGCCCUCCUCCCCCUUGUUUGUGUUAUCUUCAAACUUCCUCCAUUUAGGUUGAGAGGCAAUGCUAAUUUCAGUUUGUGACUGUGUAAUAAUACUUUAAAGAUUUGGUCGUUUCUGCCUGCUGUUGAUUAGGCAGCGUUAGCAUUAGGAAGCAGGAACAGAGACGAGCGGUUGUGACGGAGAUAAUGUGGCAAGAUGAGUGUUAUUAUUGGAGCUACUAGCUGGAGCGAUUCUGUUACUUUUGUACUGUGAGGGAGGGUGGGUCAAAAUUUAGUGUUUUACACUAUUAUUGUUAAUGUUAUACAUUUUAUACUUAUUGUGGAUAAUUAUUUGGUCUACUCUAUUUUAGUACUUUUUCUCUUCAUGCUACAA